AUGGAUGAUGAAUCUAUGCUUAAAUUGACUACGCAAUCACCCAUACUAGAACCUCCAAUCAUAACAUCUAUACUUGAUGAUAAAGAACCAUCUAUAGGAUUAGAAGGGAUUAAACAAGUAGAGGAUGUAGUAGAGAGUGAAGAUAAAGAUAAGGAAAGUGAGAUUAAACAGGAGGUGGUGGAGAAAGUUGAUGUUGAUAAUGAUGUACAGAUGGAAGAAGUUAAUGAAAGUGAUAAUAAGAAUGAGAUUGAUAAUAAGGAAGUAGAACCUGAAGUGAAAGAGGAAGUGAAAGUGAAAGAAGAAGUAGUUGGAGAUACCAUUGAAGAUGAUGACGAUCCUAUAGUUAAAUUACAAGAAAUAGAAAUCUUACCUGAUUUAUUCACAUUAAUUCAUAAUUUAAAGAUUGGAAAUAUACUGGCUAAAGAUUUUGAUAAUAAUGCUGGUAGUAUACGAUUAAAAUUAAGUAAUAUCAAACAAUAUUUACUGGAAAUUGAUGGGAUAAAUGAAACUUUAAAAGCUAGACUGAUUAAAAUUGAUAAUUUGAAAUUUAAUAAUGGUAAAAAGUAUCAAUUUUUGAAUAAAUUCAAGAGUAAAGUCCUUAACGAGAUCAAUAAUGAUAUAGAAAUGAGUUGA